AGCCGUGCGCGUGCGCGGCAGCUGGGACGCUGGACCGGGAAGUGGGGCCGCUGCUGGCAUGGCGGAGGCACGGCCCGGCACAGGUACAUUGAAUUUUAGUUCUGAUGCUGCUGAUUCCAUUCCUGGAGAAAGACAACCUACAGAUAUAAACUGGGUAAAUAAAGAUAGGAAAGACUCUAACAGUAAUAAAAAUAGAAGUAAUAUAUCAAUUCCUAGUCUGUCUUGUGAAAGAGGUACAGAUUAUGAAAGCUCUUCCACAAAGCAUCAUGGCUUUUGCAGUCCAGAAAGUCAGCAUGGGAAUUCUGAAGACUUCCACCAAUAUUUUGGUACCAGUAAAAGUCUGAAGAAUCGCAGUUUGCAAAGCCAGAGAUUGCACAGACCAAGAAAUGACAGCACAUGUGCUAGAAGUAAGAUAAGGCAAAGUACUACUGAUGCUGCUGCAGGUCCAGGAAUUUCAGAUGCUGCAGUAGUACCUGGUAGACGAGCACCUCCUAGAGGRUACAAUGAUUUUCUCUCCUCAGAGAGUGACAGGGAGGUACACAAUGUGGAUAGCAGAGGGGCAAAGCCAAAGAAAACACAUUUGAUGCAUACAUCUGUGAGAGGAUUCAGGGAGAAGGGAAAGCAAGUACAUGACCGUGAAAAGAGAGUGAACUCUAAGCAGAAAAUAGAACUGUUUGAAAAUGUUCCAUCUUUGGAUUUGACACAGUCUGACUCUUCAGAAUCAUCUAUUGGAAAGGCAUUCUGUGAUGCACCUUUUGGAAGUGGGGAUGAGCAAAAAGGCUACAAUAAUGUAAACAAAAGGUAUCCCCGGAAGCCUGUGUGGAAUAAACUGCCAGUAGAAAAGGAGUCUCAGAAAAGACAUGAUUCUCACCGCAGUAGAAAUACAAAAGUAGGUAAGAAGUCUUCUCUUGCGUAUACUCCAAAAGAUAAAAAUGAAAGGAAGAAAGAACUUGCUGCUCACAAAAAUGAUGAGAACUUGACUAAUGAAAUCAGACACCAGUUGUCUGAGUCUCWCAGAUUCAAUGGAAGAAAGUUCCUGCUAAAGGGGGAUCAAGCACCUUUACUUCAUUUCAGCUGGACCCAGUACUGGAAAAAGCAAAGUGAUGUGCCAAAAAACAAAGAAACUCACACAGGGUCAUUGAUUGAACAGCUGACCACAGAGAAGUAUGAGUGCAUGGUAUGCUGUGAGGUGGUCCGAAUAGUAGCCCCAGUGUGGAGCUGUCAGAAUUGUUACCAUGUAUUCCACCUGAAUUGCAUUAAGAAGUGGGCACGAUCRCCAGCUUCACAAGCUGAAGAUGGUAAUAGUGGUUGGAGAUGUCCGGCUUGUCAGAAUGCUUCUGUGCAAGUUCCUAAAAUUUAUACUUGUUUCUGUGGUAAGGUGCACAAUCCUGAAUGGAAUAGAAAUGAAAUUCCACAUAGCUGUGGAGAACUUUGUGGAAAGAAGAGACAAUGUUUGGACUGUCCACAUCUUUGUAACAUUCUGUGCCACCCAGGACCUUGCCCUUCAUGCCCAGCCUUUGUGACAAAAACAUGUGAAUGUGGACGAACAAGUCAUUCAGUUCGCUGUGGCCAAUCAACAAAAAUCCAUUGUUCCAAUGUAUGUGGAAAUACUUUAAACUGUGGUAAGCACAGCUGUACUCAAGUGUGCCAUGCAGGAAAAUGUUCGCCUUGCCAGUUAACAGUACAACAGGUGUGUUACUGUGGMAGCAACUUUAAAGAAUUAUUGUGUGGGUCAAAAGAAGAAUUCUCUGACGGUUUUGGGAGUUACUCAUGUCAGAAUAUAUGUGGCAAAAAAUUAAAUUGUGGGAGACACAACUGUAAGCAAGUAUGCCAUCCUCAGCCUUGCCAGCUCUGUCCACGACUUCCGCAAGUAGUAUAUCGUUGUCCCUGUGGUCAGACUCCUCUCAGCAAGUUAUUGGAACUAGGAUGUGUUGAACGUAAAAUUUGCACAGAUCCUAUCCCAUCUUGUGGAAAAACAUGCGGCAAACCUCUUUCUUGUGGUAGCUAUGAGUUCGUUCAUACAUGUGAAAGCCUGUGCCAUGAAGGAGACUGUAGACCAUGUUCUCACACAUCAAAUAUUUAUUGUAGGUGUGGCUUCAAGAAAAAGGAAGUCCCAUGUGCUCUUCUCAGAAAUAAAGCUGCUAUUACAUUCAUGUGUGACAAGCGAUGCAAUCAGAAAAGAUCAUGUGGACGACACAAGUGUAAUGAAGUUUGCUGUGUGGACACAGAACAUAAGUGCUCUUUGGUGUGUGGUCGUAAACUCAACUGUGGGCUUCAUAGAUGUGAAGAACCCUGCCAUCGGGGCAGUUGUCAAACAUGCUGGCAAACAAGUUUUGAGGAGUUAACUUGUUAUUGUGGUGAAUCUGUGAUUUACCCUCCUGUUCCCUGUGGCACUCAGCCACCAGAGUGUAAAAAGACAUGCACCAGGCCACAUGACUGCGAUCAUCCAGUGUACCAUUCAUGUCAUAGUGAGGAGAAAUGUCCCCCCUGUACCUAUCUCACUCAGAAAUGGUGUAUGGGCAAGCAUGAACUGCGAAGUAAUAUUCCUUGUCAUCUCACUGACAUUUCCUGUGGACUUCGCUGCAAUCAAAUGUUAAAAUGUGGAAUGCACAAGUGUAAAAGGAUCUGUCAUAAAGGAGAAUGUCUUAUAGAUGAAGAGUGUAAACAGCCAUGUAUUAUUCCAAGACUGUAUUGUAAUCAUCCGUGUAUGGCUCCAUGUCAUCCUUCUUCACCCUGCCCGGCAACAUCCUGCUGUGCAAAGGUUGAUCUUCUGUGUGAAUGUGGAAGAAGAAAGGAGAGUAUGAUUUGCUCAGAAGCAACUAAUACAUAUCAAAGAAUAGCUGCUAUAUCUAUAGCAACGAAGCUAACAGAUCUACAGCUUGGGGAUUCAGUGGAAAUCAGUAGGCUUAUUACAAAAAAAGAAAUGAAACAGGCCAGGUUGCAAUGUGAUGAAGAAUGCUUAGCUCUUCAGAGGAACAGGCGCCUUGCUGAAGCUCUUGAAAUAGAUGAUAAAUCUGAUCCUUUUAAUAUCCGUUCUACUGGACCAAAGUACAGUGAGCUCUUAAAAGAAGAUGCAAGGAAGGAUAUAAAAUUUGUCACUGACAUUGAAAAGGAAAUGAGAAUGCUUGUGGAAGCUGUGAAUAAGGGCAAGCAUACAAAGAAGAGUCAUUGUUACCCACCAAUGAACAGAGAUCACCGCAGAAUCAUCCAUGAAUUAGCUCAGGUUUAUGGCAUUGAAAGUGUGAGCUAUGACAACGAACCAAAGCGCAAUGUUGUUAUUACUGCAGUAAAAGGGAAAUCCAUUUGUCCGAGCAAUACCUUAACUUCUGUGCUAGAUAAAGAAAUGCAGAGCAGGCCUGCACCUCCUCUUCCUCAUUACAAACAAACAGAUAAGAGUAGUGGAAACACUGGUUUAUCCAAACCAUUAAAAGAAGAGCCAGUAAUUGACUACUUUGAUGUCCAGGACUGAAGUGAUUGAUGUAGAAUCAUUCAGAUGAAUCAGAAUCACCUAGAUUAUGAUACAGAACCUUAGAGGUGAAAAUACURAGUUAUUGUGUGAGGUGCUUUUUGAUUAUCUGUCAAAUAAUCAGUUGUUCAACAUGGUCAUAAUUUUACAUUUAAAAUUAGGUUGAUAUGCUAGUUUAAAAAAGUUAAGCAUUUCAACAGUUUAUGUAACUGCAUAAUACCUAAUAGUAGUACAGCUUUUUAAAUCUGGAUUUGGUGCAAUUUUGUAUCUAAUGUGAUGUCAGAAUAAUGUAGAUUUUCAUUGAUGACUUUAAAGUAAGAGGAUUGGUGGCAAGCAAAUAUAUUUUUGGAAUAUAUAGAACAACAAUAAAUCUCGAAGAUUUAUUUUGACAUAUCUCACAAUUUACAAUGGACUAGAAAUAAUCUGUGGUAAAAACACUGGUUGGGAUAUUGUUGAAGUAUUUUCAUGUUUUAUUAGUUCACUUUUGUGUUAAUUUGGUACAUUUGAGAAUUUGAGUUACUCUUCUACAUGGAAAAAAAUACAAAAUUUAAUUAUGAAUGUAUACAUAAAUGCCUAUUAAGAGCACAGACUUGCUUUGGAAUCUGAAGAAUCAGUGUUUGGGGAGGAUGGGGAAUUAAGGAGGAUGGGGAAUAUACUUUACCUCAAAUUUAAUGUGUUAAAAAAGAAAAACAAGCAAAAAGAAAGGAAAAAAACCAAACCAAACAACAACAAARUCAACCCCACAAGAUGAAAUUACUACUGCUACUUUCCUGCUACAAGACCUUGAACAAAAUCAGACUUUAUAUAUUAUUUUGAUGUUCUGUGCAUGGUUUUAUUGCAGUUUAUACUUUUUUCUGUACUGUGCAAGCUUAAGAUGAAUAUGUGAAGUUUGGUUUAAGUAUGUUAUGGAUUUGGAAUAAUACUUGUAAAAUUUAUAAGACUAUCUGCCUAAACUAUUUGGCAACAGAAGAUCUUUGUUUUACAGGAAAUUAAAUAACAUGGGAAAGUAAAUAACGUGGGAAAUUAAUUAGCAAAAUGGGAUGACAGUUUAAACACUGAAAGUGUUUCAUGAUGGUGAAUUGUUUCCAGAUCUUGAUUUAAGAUAGAUGAGUAGCUCUCUGGGAGAGGAGAUUGUAGGUCUGAGCAGAAAUGAUGGUACAGCUCUGAAUUUGAGUAGUAUCUGUUCUCCUGAGGAGAAGGUUUUUUGUAUUAAUAGCUUUAGGAGCUCUGACAUUAAUGCUUUGUUUCUUGUGGCUGCUGUGKGCAGCACUAGAGGUGAGUCCCCUGUUACCAUAAGAGGCUGCUGCUGAAAAUGGGCUUAGCAUAAAGAAGAAACAGAUCUAGUGGAAGAGUUGGUAAUCUGUUGUAAUCUACUGUAAGCCAGCUCACUACAUUGUAGUGUGAGAUUUGUUGMCAAAAAGUGGAAGGCAAUUACUCAUGCUUAGAUUCUCUUAAGAGUUAUCAUGUGGCUCUGAGUCUUAUCUAUGAAGCAUUCCRUGGCUACAUUUCAAUUGAAAAUCCCAUGAAACAUGGAAGAACAAGUAGAAAACUCACAGACCAUAUCUGUUACCCAAAUGUUUUAAAAAUUAAAAUGCAUGCUAUUAUUGUUUAUUUUGGUAGGAGUUAAUUAUUUCACAUUUUUAAAAAUGCAGUCUUAAAUGCUUCUAAACAUUUGAAGUGUUUCAAGUAAAACAGAUACCUUCAAGAGUGUUUAGGCUUUUGAUUUGUAUGUAGUGAUUUAAAUUKGUUUCACUUUUUUUUGUCUAAUAUUUUGUGAACAGAAAUGAAAAAUAAAUCAGUAUGUCUUAUAUUGCCCUUAAUUUCUUAAGCAAAUUAUGGUUUGAUUCUACAAGGUGUACUGCUAAGUUCGGCUGAAGAAAUAAAUUACUCAGCACCUUUCCAGUAAUGUAUUUCUUCAAUCCUUUCAUUGUGAGGACUGUAUCAAUAGCAGUGCUUGCUGACAAGUGCUGACUCAAUGUGGUCAAACAAGGGUUUUUGAAACUCCAGAGCUAUGUUAAUAUAGCACUGAUUUCAAGCUAGUAAGACCUCUAGGAAGAAUGUGUAUAGUUACACUGCCAAGGUARGUUCUAGACAGGACCUGGCACACAUGUCCAGUGAGCUGAGUCAGAUACAUGUAUACUGGAGCACACACAAUUGGUUUACUGUAGGUACACCUAACAUUACAGGAAACCAAAGUGAUUUWGUUGAUAAUAAAUAGAAUAAAGCUGAAGCCUACUAACUUUUCACAGUUCCACAUGAAUAUAGCCAAAACCAUCACAUUUGCACCUCUAAUUCGAAUUUCCAAACCUAAAAUGUUUUUGUGGCAUUAUUUUUACUCUGCUUAGUGGAAUUUUUAUCAGCUUAUGGCAUUAACAUAAGAAUGAGGGCUUUGGUGAGACUCACUUCAACAGUCAAGUCGCCACUGCUUGUAAUAAGAAAAUGGAGGUAAUCUCAGUUUUUCAAGCUAAWAUUAAUAAUUACCAAAUCUGUUCAUACUGAGAAGUCAUACUUUUUAUCACUUCCUCUUAACUAUGAGAACUUUAAAACAUUUUUAUAGAUAUGUUACACCUCUCUAAAUCAUGGCUAUGGGAGCAUACCUGUAGUUAUAGAGUAAGUCAUAAGUACCAAAUGUUUUWAAAAAAGGCAUUUUAAUAACCUGGUUAAAAAUAUGAUACCAUACAUUCACCCAUGAAAAUAGUUUUUUCCCGGGAACUCAUCUACAUAGCCUUAAGAAAGAAUUUAGCAAAGGCUAACAGUGGUGCUGUCCUCUCGGUUUUGGUGUGCUUUUGCUGCAAUGUAUCAGUGACUUUUCAUAUGGAAUAGUAAUAAAGCUGGAGUUUUGAUAAA